AUGUCCUCCGACCAAAAGACACCCCGCUUCUCCCCUGCCAAAACAACCGUCGUCUUCCUCCUAGGCGGACCCGGCUCAGGCAAAGGAACCCAAUCCGCCAACCUCGUCCGCGACUAUGGUUUCGUCCAUCUCUCGGCAGGCGACCUCCUCCGCGCUGAGCAAAUUCGGCCUGAAUCCGAAUACGGCGCUCUGAUCAAGAAUUACAUCACGGAGGGCAAGAUCGUACCCAUGGAAAUCACCGUCGCACUGCUCUCGAACGCGAUGGCUGCGGAGCUCGACGCGAACAAGGACAAGUAUGCGAGCGCGAAACCACGCUUCCUUAUUGAUGGAUUUCCGCGAAAGCUCGACCAGGCGGUAUUCUUUGAGGAGACGGUUUGCCCGUCGGAGUUCACACUGUUCUUGGAUUGCCCGGAGGAGGUCAUGGAGAAGAGGCUUUUGAAGAGGGGGGAGACGAGUGGACGGGAUGAUGACAAUGCUGAGUCGAUUCGAAAGCGGUUCCGUACGUUUGUGGAGACCAGUAUGCCUGUUGUGACGGAGUUUGAGAAGCAGGACAAGGUGAUUAGUGUUGCUGCGACGGGGACAGUUGAGGAGGUUUAUGAGCGAAUUCAGGCUGGCUUUGAGAAGCGCGGGGUGAAGCCUUCUUCUUAA